AGCAAAGUUUUGACCUCAGAAGUCUGAGCCCUACCAAUUAUGAGCAAUUUUCUCCUUUCCCUACGAAAUUUUCUGUCGAAGAUUUAAAUUGAAGGAAGAUCACAGCGGCACAUCAUAAGAACAGCCGCAGAUUUGAAGUCACAAGUCGAUUUUCGAAUCACCAAACCCUACCUAAUAUAGACGCAUAACCUGCCAGAAAAAAAAGGAUUUUCACGAGGAUUACAAGUUGGCAAAUUUAUCUGUGAUAAAUGGAGCUUUUAUAAGAUUCUUUUAUGAGGGCGCAGAGUUUAGAGUGCGAGAGGGAGAGAGCUGCGAUUGAUCGAGUCUGAUGAAUAUUCUUAAAAUGGCGGAGACAGGAAGAUCAUGGCCUUUUCAGUCAGCAUUGUCUUGGAGGUAAGUAAAAGGGAGAGAAUGAGGAUGAGGAUCAAACACAGGAAAUCAUCUGGUUUCCAUUGCAAUGCAGGAAGUAGAUGUUCUGUGUCAGUUGUUUUGUGGAGCCUUGUGGGAUGCAUUCUCACGAUCUAUUUCAUUUCCCAAAUCAAUCAGAAUGAUGAAGAGAACAGAGUCAAAUCGAGCAACCAUCAUUUUACCCAAGAAUUAGAAGAAAUCGAAGAAGAAGAAUUUCAUCUACCAGCUCCGCGAAGCAAGAGGAAUCCGCGUGCUCUUAGAAGAAAGGGACCAAGAAAGCAACAUACUGUAAUUGAUGAGUUUCUCGACGAGUCUUCUGAGUUGAGGCUUUAUUUCUUCCCUGAUCAAAAGUCUGCAACAGGACCAACAAGGGAAAUGAAUGAUAGCAAGCAUUUCUAUCCAGGAAAGCUUUGGUUGGAUACUGAUGGAAAACCUAUUCAAGCCCAUGGAGGUGGAAUUUUGUUUGAUGAGAGAACGGAAACCUACUACUGGUAUGGGGAAAACAAAGAUGGACCAACCUACCAUGCUCAUCCUAGGGGAGCUGCACGGGUUGACAUUAUUGGGGUCAGCUGCUACUCUUCAAAGGACCUAUGGGCAUGGAAAAAUGAGGGUGUUGUGCUUCCAGCAGAGCAAGCAAAUGCCACACACGAUCUCCACCACUCUAAUGUGCUUGAGAGACCCAAAGUUAUCUAUAAUGACAACACAGGUAAUUUUGUAAUGUGGAUGCACAUUGAUGAUGCAAAUUACACAAAAGCUUCUGUUGGUGUGGCUGUCAGCAAUUCCCCAGUAGGCCCUUUUAAGUAUCUCUACAGUAAACGACCUCAUAAUUGUGAUAGCCGCGACAUGACCAUCUUCAAAGAUGAUGAUGGGAAGGCAUAUCUCAUCUACUCGUCGGAGGAGAACAGCGAACUCCAUGUUAGUCCUCUAACCGACGACUACCUGGACGUCGCCGAUCAGAUGCGAAAGAUUCUCAUUGGUCAGCAUAGAGAAGCUCCUGCCUUGUUCAAACAUAAAGGAACCUACUACAUGAUAACUUCUGGCUGCACAGGGUGGUCGCCGAACCGGGCGAUGGCGCAUGCAGCAGAGGAAGUUAUGGGGCUCUGGGAGACAAUCGGCAACCCUUGUGUAGGAGGGAACAAGAUAUUCCAAAUGACCACUUUCUUUGCACAGAGCACUUUCAUAGUCCCUCUUUCAGGGCUCCCAGGUGUGUUCAUUUUCAUGGCGGAUAGGUGGAAUCCGGCAGACCUGAGAGAUUCCAGGUAUGUUUGGCUACCUCUAACUGUUGGGGGAGUGGUUGACGAGCCAUUAGAAUACAAUUUUGGUUUCCCUGUUUGGUCUAAGGUCUCCAUCUUCUGGCAUAGGAGAUGGAGGCUUCCUAAUUGGUGGAGAACUGCUUGACUUCGAGUGUAGCAUAUUUUGUAGAUCUCUUCUAUAUUGUCUAUAGUAUAAUAAAUGUUUUGUAGAUUUUAGUUGUGAUGUUUUUGUUCGACAUUUUCGAUCAUCAAAAUGUUGAUUUAGCCUCUUUGGACAACUAAAACUUGUACUUGGACUCGAUACAGAACCAUUAAGGUGGAUUGUUUCUUAACCACUGAGAGUUUACAGACAUUUCCUUUGAGCU